CCUAUACUUCUCACACUGUGUUCACUUGAGAGUUUUUACUGUGAGGUUUACCACAAUCAUAGGUGGGUGGAGCUCAGACGACUGACAUACGGUGUAAAGAGGGUUUGUCACUAUCAAAGCCGACAGAGAUGCAGUGAACUUUAGCGUGACUGAAAUGUAUGCGUUUUAAAGAAUCACAGAAGAAGAGAGAAGUGACCGCCACUGUAAGUGAUGUGUUUGGAUGUGGGAAGGGAUUGAAGGGGUUAAAGUUCAGACAGCUGCAGUAGGUGCAGGUUUUUCAAACAGGUUUAAGAAAUGUUGGGCCUGCUCUUUGUGUAGGAUGACAUGCUGAAGAUUCAACACACUUACGACAGCACAGCUAGAAUGGAGGAACUUAUGCCUGCAUGAAUGGUCAAAUAAAAUUAUCAGACAAUGAAGGAAUCAUUCGAUGAAUCCACAACAACCAAAAAGCACAGUGUAAAUUCUGCUAGCACGAUACCCAAUGGGGUCUCUGGAUUUCAUACAAAAACCCAGGGUUUGCUACAGGGGUUACGUCUGUGUCAGGACGCUUGGGGACCUAAGAGCCCCUGGGAUAAACAUGGGGCCCACGCUGCUCUAUGGGGCAGACCUACUGGGAGUUUUCUGGUGGUUGAAGGGUCUUCGUCUGAUGAACAGCUCCUGUGCGUAACUGUAGGGUGUGAUGGUGAACCAGUCCAAGACUUUUCCAUAUUAACCAAGGGAACAGCUCUUCAGCUGACAGCAUCUCACCUGGCCUUCCCUGACAUCUUUCAGCUGCUGCACUUCUACACACUGAGCAGGGAUGUGCUACCUGUUUGUUUAUUGGUCCCAUCGUGGGUUUACACCCUUAACAAUCAGUCAGAUCAACUUUUAUCUCCACUUGGUCCAAAAGCUUGGCUUUGCUCCUCCACACAAACCAUGACUCCAGAAACACCAGGAACAGAAAUGCCAGAAACGGUUAUGUGCACAAUACAGCUGACAGCAGCCAGUGGGGCUCUGUGUUUUAUUAAUCCCCUGUACCUCCAUGAACACGGCGAUGAUUGGCUCACUCGUUCUUCAGCGGGUACACAUCUCACCAGCAGACCAAUCAGCUUGAAGAGAGAGAAACGCUUAAGUACAACAAGAGGAUGGGAAGGGAGAGGACUGAAACAAAGGCCGACCUCACUUGGCGAUGAGAGUUCUAGGAGUAUUGAUCGUGACAGAGGAUCAUUUGAGAAGAGUCCAGUUUCUCCAGCUACGCCAAGCGGAGUUGUGCUUCGAAGGGGAAAUAGUGGCACCAAGCAAGACCCAAUCAAAAGAGGAAGUACAGACUCCAUUCACAGUCCACUCCCUCAGUCACCACAUCGUGUGUCGUGGAUUGAGGAAAAGAUAUGGCUGAAUGCACCAUCUCCUUCAUCUCUGCUUCCCCUGCCUUGCUUAGAGCUGGACUCACUGUCAGUCAGUAGUAUUGAGGAGGAAUUUGAACCAGUCUCGAGCCCUUCUCUAUCCCAACAAUCAUCCCGCCUACCUUUGGCGGAUAAGGUAAAGAACCGCCUUUCAGCGGCUCUGGGUGGACUUGUGUCACCACAGCGGCGAUUGAAUAAACGCAUACAGGAGCUGGCGGAGCGGAAAGAUGGGGCUUUUGCAGAGGCUGUCAGGUCAUUUGUAGAGCAAACUCUCGCAGCUGGAAACGCUCCCGGGGUGACGUGCACAGAGAUGCUACAGGAAGUCCGUUCCUCUCUCACUGCCCUCAGAGAAACACUGUUUGAAUAUCCAGAGAUCCAAAGCAUCACAGAUGGUCUCGGAGACAUGCCUGAUUUUGAACUGGAUGCAAUACUGGAGCUUGCCCUCCAUAAAGUAGCUUUAAAGCCGGUCUACACUCAUCUUUAUGUUUGUAUGAAGACGGCACGCAGAGAUGAUGGUACGCUGCAACGUUUAGAGACAAACAAGAGCACACUGGAGAACCACAGUCUGGAGGAGUUGGAGGGGACGGCGGGAGCUGGCAUACCAGAUGCCAACAUGGUGGAGAAGAUCCAGCAACGCUGGACCGCGAUGCAUGAGACUUACUCACCUAGCAAAAAAGUUCACAUUCUGCUUAAAGUCUGCAAGACUAUCUACCAUUGCAUGAACGCUAAUGCUAAGCCUGGUGUGGUUUUUGGGGCAGAUGACUUCCUGCCUUGCCUGACAUGGAUGUUGCUGCGUAGUGAUGUUACCACACUGCAGAUUGACACUGACUACAUGAUGGAGUUACUGGACCCCACACAACUACAAGGAGAAGGUGGCUACUACCUUACGUCGCUGUAUGCCGCCCUCUUUUACAUCAGCAGCUUCAGGCCGCGGCUGGCAAAGCGGCAGCUCAGUGCAGAAGCUCAGUCGUCUCUGAGCCAAUGGCACCGCAGACGUACCCUCCACUGCAGCCAAUCACGACGCAGCAGAAAUCGAAGAACCAUACGCAGGCACAGGCUGACAGACGGAAGCCGUACCACAUCAGAGGUAGAUGAGGCCACAGAUUUAACCAAUACAACUGACAGCAACACAGCCGUCUCUAGUGUAGAGAAAACACCGGAGUGCAAGAGAUUGAGCGAAGAGUUGGAGGUCGUAAAGGAAGAAGAGGAUUUAAAUGAACAACAAAAAAAGUCAACAGAGACAUCGUGUCUCGACAAACCUAAAGCUGAGGAUGAUGGUAAAGGGUCUAGUGUAGGCUGGAAUUAAGAUGAAUGAAAGUAACUAUACUGAGAGAAUGAAGAAAUGCUAUUUUAAAAAGUAUUAGCCUGCUGUUGAUCUCUGAACUCUGAAAUAAAUAUAUGCUAAAUACAUUUAAGUUAAGCUUUUUGAAUUUGAAAAUAUAUAUAGUUUUAACAUUCAUAUAUUAACAUAUAUUUAAAAAUGUAUUUCAAAGACAACAAAUACAAAAACAAAUGUUUUAAUUUUACAACCCAUACGGCAAAAAAUAAAAUCCUGGCCAAAAUAUAAAAGUUUGUAUAAAAUGUAUAAAGUAUAAGUAUAAAAUGUAUAAGUAUGUAUAAAAGAUAAAAAUAUAAGUAUGUUUUUGCACUUGAAAAUAUAUUUAUUUUUAAUCUUUUCAAAUUUGUAACAUAC